CUGCAGGGGGUGAGGCAGCGCGCGGGGCGAGGUUGGCGAGGCUGGCUCCAUGUAUCCGGAAUCCACCACGGACUCCCCGGCACGACUCUCGCUGAGGCAGACGGGCUCCCCCGGCAUGAUCUACAGCGCGAGGUAUGGGAGCCCCAAGCGCCAGCUCCAGUUCUACAGUGUGCCAGCAGGGCGCUGUGGGCUAUGAAGAGGGCCCACAGCAACACGAGGAGUGAUGCAUUGAGUCUGCGUCCCCAAACACAGCGCACGGAUGGGGUGAGGGUGGCGAGAAGGAGACGAACUUGUGCUUGGGAGAUGUGUGUCCACCCAGAGGUGCUGGCAUUUCGGUCCCCUGGCACUGCAGGGAUGGCUGUGUCCCGUGGACGCACAGCUCAGCCCGUGGCACCGCAAGGCGCCGCGCUGCAGCCGCCGGUGAGGGUCGGCUCCGGGCGGAGGAAGCGAUGCCAGCGUUCAUAAAGCAGCUGCACAUCCACAGGCUUUUAGCGAAGAAGUCAUGAAUAAUUGAGCUCCUGUUCGCUAGGAAGAAAAUACCCUAAUAGGGCUAAUGGAGCGCCGCUCAAAAACUUGACUCUGGGGGGACUUGUGUUCACCAAUUGCUUUGGAUGCUACGCGCCGACACUCCCCUCCAUGAAAAAAACCACAGCUGUGCCUCCCUUAUAGCUGUCUGAGGGAACCCUAACAGCCAGAGCUUUCCUUUUUAAUGAGCAGGAACCCCAGAAGCCGGGUGAGUCCGAGGCGCCAGCGCGGCACUCGGGGCUGUGAGCGGGGGCUGCGCUCCGUGCCGGGGCUGCAGUGUGCCGCCGACCUGCUUGGCUGGGGAGGGCUUCGUUUGGGCUUCUUGUGGCAGGUGUUGUUGCAGGCUGUGACAGCCCGGGCUAUGGGUUGGGACAGAGGCAUCGCAUCGCAGCUCACUCCUCCAUGCGGUGCUAGGGCCCCGUGGGCUGGAGAUGGGGGCACGGGGUGAUGGCGGCACGCAGAGCCAGGAUGGGUGCUUCCCACCGUGGCACGUCGCUGCCCGGCUUCUCCAGCCCCGGGCUGAGCCGUUGCUUCUCGCUCUUCAGUUCGCAGAAAGUUUGUGCUAAUAAGCUGCCCGUGGCUGCGCCCGGUGCUCUCCCCGCUGCAUGGCGAUGUUGCUCAGCCAAAAAUCACAGAGGUGUCAGUGCAGGGCACGCCGUUAAUUACCGCCUCGCUGCUCCGAGCGGCUCCGACCGCCCCCCUCCGACUCCAUCCGCCGCUUUAAUUUAAUUGCAGUGAGAUGAAGCCCGAGGAGCAGCGCUUUGCACUCCUCCGGCUGCACAGUGAGGGGCAGCCAGUGGGGUUGUGUGUGAGGUCUGUCAGCCACAGAGGAGGGCUCAGUGCCGGCACUGCAGAUCUGGGGGGUGCCGGAGGUGGGGGGGGUUUGCUUUCAGCCCUGCAGCCCCACUGCAGGGACGUGGGGGUACCCAGGGAGUGCUGCGCUCAGCGCAUCGCCGCAGUGGGCGCUUUGUGGCUUUGACCUCAGGUAGGGGAUCCUCUUUUUGCACUUCCCUGUGCUUUAGGAACACACUGGGUUGCUUUCCCGCACACGAGGAGCUCCAGAGCAUUUCCAAAAAGCGCUGUUUAUCGCGGGAGCUCCCUGGGGUUUUUGGUAAUUCUUUGCAAGCUAAAGCUCUUUCUUUCCCAUUCUUGCUUUUUUGCUUGAGGUCAGACUUGAGUACAAAAGCGCACUUUGUGCCGUAGAACUGCUGUAAAACUGAACUUCACAGGAAAAGGAAAGGAUGCCCCAUGGCAGUGGGGUGCAGGCAGACUCUGCUCCGCGCCCAUCGCCCAUACGGAGCUCCCAGGCAUCGGCUGCUCUCUGCAGGCACUGAGCGCAGUGGGAGUCCCAGGGAGAGCAACAGGGGAAAAUCAGUGCCACCCCUUUGGUCGCAGUGCGCUGUCAGUGCUGCGGUGUUGGCUGGUGGCACGGACUGCAGCACCCCGACACGGGCAGCCGUGUGCCCACCGCUGCCGGGACACAUCCCUGUGGGUCCCCACGUGGACAGCACGUGGCACACAGCACACAGCAACAACCAGGGCGGGAGGCACUGGAGCCUCACACCUAUGGCUGUGCUGUGUGCGCAGUGUGAUCACCUUCCCUUCCCCGCUGCUGCGCCGCAUGUCCCAUUUCUUUGGCACCCUGGCUUUCCCGCUUCAGCCGGUUGUUGUGCUACCUACGGCCGGCUCCUCCCUCCAUCCCCAUGCCGUGCACAGUGCUGUGGGGUCCGGGGACAGCCGAGUGUCCCCACCGCCCGCUGAGCACCGCCGCCCGCCCCGCAGCCCCCGCGCUCGGGCAGCAAAAUGCUGUCCAUGACGUACAGCGAGAGCCUGCGCAGCGUGGCCAGCCGGCACCACACCGACUGGGGGCUGCAGCCGCCGCGCCGGGCGGACGCUCUGGAGCUGCGGCGGCUGCGGGACGUGCGUGCGGCAGCACAGGCCAAGACGUUGGAGGAGUUCCUGCGGACACACGGGCUCUCGCUGGAUGGCUGCACGGCAUGCACCACAGGCAUGAGGUACAGGUAAGGGCCGUGGCCAAACGUCCCCUGGCACGGGAGCAGGGUGGCAACAGGGCAGGGGACGUGGCGACAUGUUCCGUGUGUGCCCGGCGCUGUGCCGUGCUGCCCGGCACGGUGUGUGCAGGAGAGGCCGGAGCAAAUCGGUGCAUUCCUGUUGGCGCAGUUCGGUGCUCUCGUCUUUUCUUCACUUUACCUCCACUGUUGGCACGAAGUUGGUGAGUGCCAAUGCACGGUGCGCAGCUGCACUCCCCCAGCUGUGAAAUGCAGCACCAGAGCACGGGGCAGGGGACAGAGCUGAGCCAACGGAGUGCACAGCGCCUGCAAGCGCAGGGCCAGCAGUGCGCCAUUAAUGUUGCAUGGAGGUGAGGGCGGUGAGCGCUGCGUCGGUAUCUCAGCUUUCAUGAUGCUGCCGGGGGGGAGGGGAGAAAGCAGCCCCCGUGGAGGAGAGGGCAGCGGGAGCUUCCGCUUCAGAAUAAGCAGAGGUAACAUUUACACCGUGGCAAUGGCUCAUUCACUAUUCAUGCAGUGGUUAUUUAUUGAUGGAGUGAGGCGCGUGCGGGCACAGCCCUCGGGCACCCCCUUGCCAUAGGCCCGGUGCAGGGCUUGGGGGGGCCCGGCGGGGCUGCUCCCACAGAUCUGCAGCUGUUCCUUCGGGCGAAAGCUGCUGGCGGGAGCCGUAAUCUGGGCUCAGGCUGCGGGCAGAUUAACACGGGGCUGGGGGGGCUGCAAAAGCGCCUGUGAUUUCGUGCCCGUGGGAAGGUGCCCGGGGGAGGCACCGGGAAGGCAGCAGCGAUGCUCUUCGGUGGGGAUGCAGCCGCGCUGCUGCAACGUGUGCCGGCUUCUCAGGGUCCACAUCACCCAUCCCCGCUGCCCGAGCAGAGCAGCUUGGAGGCAGAGGGAAACCCGAGCAGAUUACAGAUUCUCUCGUUGCGCCGGAGGCCGAGUUUACGUAAUCCCCCGCGCACCCCCCAAGCCGACCCACGGCCCCGCGCCGCUUCUCUCCGCUGUAGGAAUCAGCGCAGUCUGUGGCCGCGUGGGCGAUCCCUCCCGCUCAGCCCAUUACUUCCCGACCACUGGAGCCGCCUGCAUCACCGGGGGCACACGGGCAGCUGCUGCGCACAGCCCGGAGCCAGGCGGCCAUCGGCACCGCCGCGGCUCCGUCCUUCAGAGGAGACGCCGGGUUUGGGUUUCACUUAAUCGCUGCAGCUCUCGUCUGGGGAAGUUUCGGGGAAGAGGCGCUCGGGGCGCAGCACGAAGCGGCUCCAGCUUCAAACCCACCGGGCUGCCGCCCCCCGGGAGCGCUGGCGGUGCACGCGCUGCGGACGUACCGGGGGCGCGCGGCUCCCCAGCACGGGGCGGGGGGAGCGGUCACGCUCUGCCUCCCCGCCUGCCCCGCCGUUGUUUGUUCGCUUCCUAAAACUCAUCAAAUAUUGAUGGCCCGGAGCCGAUCUAAGCCGUGCCUCCCCCCCAGCCCCGCAGCCGUCAUGUUGGCUGAGUGAUGCUCCGCCGACGUUAGGAGGAGGGCUCUGCCGCGCGGAGUUGGCCGUCUAAAUUUAGGCUGCUGCCGCGCUCCUGCCGCCUCCGCGGCCGCGGGAGGGUCACGGGCGAUGCCGGGGGGCCGUGGGAGCGCGGUGCCCUCGGUGCCCCCGUCCCGGGCACCGACCCUACGGGGGACACGCGUCCGCCGUCCGGGAGCAGCCUGGGCGUAGGGACGCGGCACCGCCGGAGGCGUCGGCGGCACGCAGGACUCGAAGUUUGCCUUCAGCCUCGGGCAGGCGAGCGCCGGCGCUCCCCCGCACCUCCGGAGCCACGCGUCUGGGGGAAGCCCUCCCCGCCGUCCCCGGCCCCCGCCGCGCCGCGCCGCACCGGGAGGAGCGUGGGGCUGAGCCCCGGGGAGGAGCGAACCCGCAGCCCGACAGCGGGGCACCAUGCAGGUCUCCUUUGUGUGCUCCGAGCACAGCAUCAAGAGCCGGAGCGCGGAGGACCGGCUGAACAGGCAGAAUGCCAGCAGCCCCAGCCUCGGCACGCGCAGCAAAUUCCGGGCGGUGGCCAUGGUGGCCCGGAGCCUGGGGCAGCUCUCGGUGCAGAACGCGCCGUCGUCCAGCGAGUCCAGCAUCAAACAGCCGGGCAUGAAGUACAGAAACCUGGGCAAGUCCGGGCUGCGUGUAUCCUGCCUCGGCCUGGGGACAUGGGUGACAUUUGGAGGGCAGAUCACGGAUGAGAUGGCCGAGCAGCUGAUGACUUUAGCGUACGACAACGGCAUUAAUCUGUUCGACACAGCAGAAGUCUACGCUGCUGGCAAGGCCGAGGUUGUGCUGGGAAACAUCAUCAAGAAGAAGGGCUGGAGACGAUCCAGCCUGGUCAUCACCACCAAGAUCUUCUGGGGAGGAAAAGCAGAGACGGAGCGGGGACUGUCCCGAAAGCACAUCAUUGAAGGUCUGAAGGCAUCGCUGGAGAGGCUGCAGCUGGACUAUGUGGACGUGGUGUUCGCCAACCGGCCCGACCCCAACACGCCCAUGGAAGGGCACCCAUUUAGUUCUUCCAAGUCGAGAACAUUCAUCAUAGAAGAGACGGUGCGCGCCAUGACCCACGUCAUCAACCAGGGGAUGGCCAUGUACUGGGGCACGUCACGCUGGAGCUCCAUGGAGAUCAUGGAGGCGUACUCAGUGGCACGGCAGUUCAACCUGAUCCCACCGAUCUGCGAGCAGGCCGAGUACCACAUGUUCCAGCGGGAGAAGGUGGAGGUGCAGCUGCCUGAGCUCUUCCACAAGAUAGGUGUCGGUGCCAUGACAUGGUCCCCGCUGGCGUGCGGCAUCGUCUCAGGGAAGUAUGAUGGUGGCAUUCCUCCGUACUCAAGAGCAUCACUGAAGGGGUACCAGUGGCUGAAGGACAAGAUCCUGAGUGAGGAGGGCCGGCGGCAGCAGGCCAAGCUGAAGGAGCUGCAAGCCAUCGCCGAGCGCCUGGGCUGCACGCUGCCGCAGCUCGCCAUCGCGUGGUGCCUGCGCAACGAGGGCGUCAGCUCCGUGCUGCUGGGAGCCUCCAAUGCCGAUCAGCUGAUGGAGAACAUCGGAGCCAUACAGGUCCUUCCCAAGCUGUCGUCUUCCAUUGUCCAUGAGAUUGACAGCAUCCUGGGCAACAAACCCUACAGCAAGAAGGACUACCGCUCCUAGGCGCGCCCCAGCACGCCGCCUCGCCGCCCGAUCGCUUGCUUACGCUUGGAUGAAGCAAAGUGGAGAGCGCGGACCGCAUCAAGAACAGCACGCCGAGAGUGUAGAGAAACCGUUCCAAACGUCGCUGCAAGAGAACAUAACGCUUACUACAUAACAUUUAAUUUGAAUGCAAGAAAGCCACCGCCGGGGAGAGCGCUGGGGCAAUGCACACCCCAUGCCCGGACUCGGAGCCACAGGGGCACACGGCCAGGCUCUGUGCUGUGCUGCUGGGGGCUGUCCUGGCACCGUGCGGAGGACUCAGCCGGCGGGGGCCAUCCUUGGCGGCGGCUGCGGCCGUUGCAUGCGUCUCCCCGCUGCUUCUCUUCUUUACUUUGUGUUUCUGGACAAGGAGGCCGUUGGGUGCGGGUCUGCUCGGAGCACCACAGGAGCAUUGCGUGGGCAGGGCUGGAUGCUGGCCCAGAUCUGCGCUGGGGCUGUAAGAGGCUGCUGUGCAACACCAACACCAACACCACCAUCACCUCUUCUCCCGGCACUCAGCUCUGCAGCCCCAGCACGCUGCGUCUGUGCCCUUGCCUGGGAUGGGUGUGAGGGAGGAGAGAUGGGGAGGAGAAGAGGGGUGGGCAGUGGGAACCCUGGGAGUGGGGACUCCACACAGCCCCUCCCCAGGCAGCACCUGUUGGUCCCACCCCCUGUGCAGGGGAAACAGCACACACUGCUGCGUGGAGAUGGGGAGGUGGAGCAGUGAAUGUGUGUGCACGUGCACAGGGAUAGAUAAGAGAGAGCUGCAAUUUUUAUAUACCUGCAUAAACCAUGCAGAAACACACAUAAGCAGGUAUAUAGAAUUGCAUAUCUACAUGCAUCUGUAGGCAACUUACAGUGUCACUGUGUAUACGUGCACACAUACUGCAAGCACAUAUACAUACAUGUAUACACACAGACAGCUGUGCGCCCACCCCUGUGCGGGAUGUCACUGAGCACCACCUCACCUGAUGCCACUGCCCAGCUCAGGGCUGUGGGCUCGAGGGGGGCAGCAGGGGGAGCCCAGGCAGGGGCUGGCUCCUGGCCCUCCCUCCCCAAGCAUUGUGCUCACCUCCCACCCUGGUCCCAGGGGGGGAAAAGCAGAGCUCCCCUCAUUGCCAGCACAAUAACGACGCUGCUCCCACCUCCUUUUUACAGGAUUUAUUAAAACACAGAGAACAUGAACCGAAACACACAGAGUACAAAGUAAAUGUGAGUGUGUUGGUUACAGGUGCCAUAAACCUCCUACGAAAGGUCACCACGGUGCAGUCAGUAUCACAAAAUAGCAGCCCACCAGGCACAAAGGCAACAGUGCGGCCACCCUCUGCUCUGCUACAGCAGCCCCCACAACCCUCCCAGCUCCAGGCAGCUUGUGGCCAUAGAGAGGACAGAAGAAAGAAGCAGUGGGAGCACAGGGGGGCCGGCACAGCAUAGCACAGCCCUGCCCAACCGUGCUCUCCCCACUGCAGCAUGGCGAGGGCAGGCUGCAGGCAGAGGGACCCCAGGGCAGGGCUCACUGCAGCCCAGGGAUGGGCUGGGAGAGGUGGCAGCUGACUCCUCUCCUCCUCCUCCUCCUCUCUGCUCCCUGUGCUGCAGCAGGGCGGCGGCAGGCAUGCGCUUGCUCAAACACAAAAAGGACAUAAAAAUAGAACUUACAGGGAAGCUACUGAACAGGAGUAAGCUUGGCGCCUAACGGUCAGCGUGGAACUGGACUAGAAACAGAGCUUCCAACAGGUCUCCCUUUAACUCUGAUACAUGUCAAUAAAAACAGACAUAAAUACUGUUA